UAGCUGUCGAGGUUGCUCGGUUUGCACGGUUGCUAAAUAGCACGGUGGGCAUUGGUGGUGCCCCUUAUCUGCUGAUGUGCGGGGGUGGGAGUGUUUUGAGUUGAAAGCAUAGCUUUGUAUGCUUAAGUUUAUGUUGUCAUCUUUCUUACGACGUCUUUAUCGCUGUUAGCCGUGUCCGCAGUGGGAGCGCGUUUUAAACGGAGCUAGUGGCUUUGAGUCAACCCCCAACAUUGACGGGCCUGUUCCUUUGCAGCAACAACAAAAAAAUAAAAUAAAACAUGGGAAAGGAAGACGACCUACCUGCUAAUGGCGAAGACAACUGCAAAAGCCUAAAAGAUGAUGUCCAGCACUACACAUUAGAGGAUGUACGAGUCCACAACAUGAGCAGCGACAUAUGGCUCAUUAUCCACGAGAAAGUUUAUGACGUUACGCGUUUCCUCGAAGAGCACCCGGGGGGUGAGGAGGUGCUGCUGGAGCAGGCCGGUACGGAUGCAACAGAGUGCUUUGAGGAUGUGGGUCACUCCACAGAUGCCAGAGAGAUGCUGCAGCAGUUCUACAUCGGGGAGCUUCACAAGGAUGACAUAAGAGAGGAAAAGCCAAAGGAUGAAAACGUCACUUCGGGAGAGUCGUGCAACUCCUGGACCACAUGGGUGAUACCAGCCAUUGUUGCGACCAUCAUUGGCAUCUUGUAUCGCAUCUACAUCUCCUCUUGAGUGCCAACGUUCCCAUUUCCCCCCCUCGUUCUUUUCAUCUGGAGGCCUUGAAAUGUUUGACCAAAACCACCUCGCACAGAUCACCCCUCGAACCGCCUGUAUUCUUGGCAACAGGAGAGGGAAGGCAGCAAUUGUUUGUCUCCCGUCACGUCGACAUCCACCAAUUCCAGCAAACAGGCAGUCGAGGAGAGACUUGAUUAAACUCACUGCCUCCAGCUUCUUUUUUUCAUUAUCUUUUUACUUGUCCUUGUAAUUGUUGUAUUUAACUAUGCAUCUGUUUGACUCAAUUUGGUCUGUGUUGAUUCAUUUGUUCACGCAUAAAGUUAGAAUUAGGAACUUCACAUAGGAGGAAACAGCAUUAAGCUUUUUGAUCUAAUCAGGAUCAUGUUAUUAUUAGACGCUUUUUCUGAGUUGCGUUUAUGCGAGAAAAAAAAUCACUUUAAUUACUGCAACAGUCCAACUGUUUUGUGCAAUUUGUUGCCAGACUUGUUUAUGCGUAAUCUAAUCAUUGGCGUUACAGUGCUUUUAUUUAUAAAUUUUUUUUUUUUACCCAUUUCCCUGAAAAUAGUCAAAUAAAAUGCAACUCUAUACUUUUCAAGGAAGAAUAUAAUAUUCAAGUAGGAUUAGACUUAACUGUUCUCUUGUCAAGUACUUAUGGCUAAAGUAUGUAGUCUAUAAAAAAAAACCAAUAUGGCUAAAAGGGGGUAAUUUCCUUGUUUCUCAUUGAGCUAUAAAUUCUAACCUGUCCUAAAUAUUUCUGGUGAUUUGUACUGGCAACUGCUGAGUUGGUUCUAUGCAUCGAUUUUGAUUCUGUCCGCAAAUAUUAAAAGGCAAGCAUAUUUUAAAAAUGUUGAAAAUUUGUAAGGAAUCGUCUUUAAUUGGUGUAGCAAAAUAUCACCCAGCCAUUUGGGAUGUUGUACAUUGCUGUCAUUUGAGCGUCUUGUGCAAAUCGGAAAUCCAUAAUUGGCCUCUGGCGCUGUUUCAGAAAUGUAGGGUUAUUACUUGCUGCUGUUUACACGUCAUCAUACAACUUGCAGGAGUCUACAUUUACUAUGCUGACAGCUCUUGUAUUUUAUCUGCCAUCUCAUGUCAUUAAAAGCCUGCUUAAAAUAUUGAAAAAGAAAA